AUGGAAAAAGCAAAGAGCCAAGCUGAAGCAGACUCUGGGCUUGGAUCAAAACCCGCCUGGACCCCGGUAGCCAUGAGCUUCGAGUCUCUUGGCAUUGGCAAGAAUAUGAAGAACCUAGUGCUUCUCAUUGCAUCGGUCACUGCUGCACUUGAGCUUUUUAUCUGGUGCGAGUCUAUCUGGAACUGGUGGAAAGCUGAAGAAGGGGAUAGGGUCGAAUGA